CGAGUACUUUUCUUUCUCACACUUUAUUUGAAUCUUUCCCGUGCGUUGUUGUUCUAUUCUAUUCCCCCAUAUUCAAUUCGCGAUUCUCACUAUUCCCAAAAAAAACCCUUCAUAUUCCCCGAAAUUCCCACGCGCUCUAAUACAACAGCACAUAUAUUAUGUUCCAAAUUGGAGGGCAUUUCCGUCAUGAAAGCACUAAAUUUAUUAAUCAUUAAUCAAUUUUUUCAACGUCUCCAACGGUCCAAGCCUUUGAGUCCUUGACUCUCUUUCUCUCUCUCUGAGAAAUUCUUUGUGCUUCGUUGGUGCGAAAUUUCAUGGUUUUGAAAAAUUUGAAACCCUAGAAAAUUCAACGAGCGAAGCAGCCAUGGACCGCUUCGUUUCUUUGAAGUGUAUAUGAUUUUGUUUUGUUUUUGUUUUUGUUCUGGUAUUUCGAUUUUUGUGUUGUCGCUCAUUUUCGUGGCUGUUGAGCUUGGUGGUGGUGGUGGUGAUUGUGACGAUGAUGAUCGAAACGGCAAUGGAGUUUCUGGUACCGUCGUGGUGGGAGAUCAAGGUCACGGUGGCCGCCUCGGUCUUCGUCAUCGUUGCGUACUGGUUCUUCACUUACCGGACUGAGGAAUUCGUUGCUGAUCGAUCACUCGGCGAUGUUAAUUCGCCGAAUCUCGUGGAUCAGGUUAACCGAAAGAUGGUCCAAUUGAAAGGAAAUCCCCAAACCAAUUCAGCAUAUUUAAUCAAGUUGGAAUUGUUGGCAGCUAAGAAUCUUAUUGGUGCAAACUUAAAUGGCACAUCAGAUCCGUAUGCUAUUAUUACUUGUGGUACAGAAAAGCGAUUCAGCUCAAUGGUUCCUGGCUCAAGAAAUCCCAUGUGGGGAGAGGAGUUUAAUUUUGCCGUUGAGGAGCUUCCUGUUGAGCAGAUUAAUGUGACAAUAUAUGAUUGGGAUAUAAUUUGGAAAAGCACUGUUCUUGGUUCGGUGACCGUUCAAGUUGAAAGUGAAGGUCAAACUGGUGCAGUAUGGCAUACAUUGGAUAGCCCAUCAGGGCAGGUUUGUCUGGACAUUAGAACAAUAAAACUGUCUGCAAAUUCUCUCGGGGAUGUGAAUGGCUAUGCUGGAGCUAAUGCUCGAAGAAGGAUUUCUUUAGAUAAACAAGGGCCAACUGUGGUUCAUCAGAAGCCAGGGCCUCUUCAAACAAUAUUUGACCUCCCUCCAAGUGAGGUUGUUCAACACAGUUAUUCUUGUGCACUUGAGAGGUCAUUCUUGUAUCAUGGCCGUAUGUAUGUCUCUGCGUGGCACAUUUGCUUCCAUUCAAAUGUUUUUUCUAAGCAAAUGAAGGUGGUUGUAUCAUUUGAAGAUAUAGAUGAGAUACGAAGGAGUCAGCAUGCAUUCAUUAAUCCUGCUAUUACAAUUAUUCUUCGCAUGGGUGCUGGUGGACAUGGUGUACCUCCUUUGGGAAGUCCUGAUGGUAGAGUCAGAUAUAAAUUUGCAUCAUUUUGGAACAGGAAUCAUGCAUUAAGAGCUUUACAGCGUUCUGUGAAGAAUUACGAAGCUAUGUUAGAAGCUGAGAAUAAGGAGAAGGCAGAGUCAGCUCUGCGUGCACAUAGCAGCUCUACCAGAAGAAGUAAAACACAGGUUGAGAUUCCUGAAGAUGUGCCAAACACUGGAAAGGUUCAAGUUUUUAUCAAGGAGGAAGCUCUUGUUGGUAUAUGCAAUGAUGUUUUCCCAUGCACAGCCGAGCAGUUCUUUAAUAUCUUGUUGAAUGAUGGUUCAAAUUUUACAAAUGAGUAUCGUUCAGCACGGAAGGACACUAAUCUUGUUAUGGGACAAUGGCAUGCUGCUGAUGAAUAUGAUGGUCAAGUCAGGGAGAUAACAUUCAGAACCCUUUGUAACAGUCCAAUGUGCCCACCAGACACAGCCAUGACAGAAUAUCAACACGCUGUUCUAUCUCCAGACAAGAAAAGGCUGGUGUUUGAGACUGUGCAACAGGCGCAUGAUGUUCCAUUUGGGUCCUGCUUUGAGGUCCACUGUAGAUGGUGUUUGGAGACAAACGCUGAAGACUCAAGUACCAUUGAUAUUAAAGUGGGUGCACAUUUUAAGAAAUUUUGUCUGAUGCAAUCCAAAAUAAAGUCAGGGGCUAUCAAUGAGUACAAGAAAGAGGUGGAAGUGAUGUUAGAGGUGGCCCGUUCUUAUAUCAAGUCAAAUACUUCUAAUAGCAAGACUGACACUACUGCUCCUCAAUCUGUAGCUCAAGACAGCAGCUAAUAUUUUCAGCGACCUCAGAUUGGGUUUGCUUGUGUAUUUGUCAAUUUUUUUAAAAUAUAAAAAAAAAUAUAAAAAGUCAUAUAUACGUAGAGCCACCGAUGUUCCUUGUGGUGGCAAAUAGGUUUUUAUCUUCUGUAUUCUUAAUGUAAUCUCACCCUGUCUCCUUAGGUGAGAAUUAGCGGUGUACAUGCUUGUAAUCUUUUUUUUUUUUUUUUUACAAAUCUCAGUUUUCUAAGGCAUUUUGGAACAUUUCCUUUUGUUGUUGACGUAUAUCCUUUCAUUGAAGACAUACUAAAAUAGCUUGGUAAUUAAAAUA